AUGUCCUGCAAUAUAGAGUGGAAAGUUCCAUCUUACGUCAUCAUCUUCGUCUUGAUAUCUGUGCCAGGAACUGCAGAUCACAUGGAUAAGGCUACACAAGAUAACAGGACAAACCAGUGCAAUCCAAACCAUUCUCCCACAGGGCCAGGCCAUAAAUCAGGCUACCAAGGCACUGGUACCAAAGCAGAUUUGGACAAUCAUUCAAAACAACUGAAUCCCAACAACCCUCAGUACAAAAAGUAAUGCCCUAAAAUUGUGGCAUUUACCAUUAAUGUAAAGAUUGAAACACUGUAAAAAUUAAAUAGAUAAAAUUUAAUUCCAGAUACUUCUUGUGUCAUUUAUAAAAUUAUGUUGUCAUAUAAUAUUAGAUAUCCAGCUUCCAUACAAUCCUUUCCUUAUUUUAGAAUGUUUCUUUAUGUAUUUUAGGGUAAAUGUAAAGGGAGGGUGUAGAGGCUACAGUGUUUUCUACUGCACCCAAUUUUUUGGUCUUUAAUCCCCCCCCCCUUUUCUGUUACUUAGAUUAUUAUUAUUUGAAAUAAAACAUAGCCGUUGAAAGUUAAUUUUAAUUUUUUUUUGUAAUGAGGGGAUUUACAAUUGCAAAUAAAGUUAAGCUUGUCAAUGAUGUUAUCUUUAGUUUCUAGUGCAAAUGCAUUAACUUGUGUAUUUAAUUCAUAAUAAGCAUUUACUUAGGCAAGGAUCAUAGCAUUUUAUUUAUCAGUGAAGUUUUUAAGAUCAGUGAAAGAAUAGUGAAACAAUUUUAAUUCUUAAACUUGUAUACAUGAAACAAUGCAUUCAUUAUUGGUAGUUAACAGUUAAUUAAUACUUAAAAUUUUUAAAUGAUUAUUUGAAAACGUUCCCUAGUAGUUAAGUAGUUUGGGAGAUUUUGUUUCUCAAAUACAACAGAUUGACAGCAAUGUUGUACACAUGGUAUUCACUUUAUCAAUUUGUCAUUGUGUGUUUGAAAAAUUUAAUGUUUGUACAAGAUUAAGUGCCCUAUUGAUACACUUAUUUAAUUACUUUUGCAAGUAACUGAACUUCUACUUCCUAAAUAGAAUUCUUAGAAACUUAUAAUUAAAAUUUGUUUUUUUUUUGUACAAUUCUUUUUUCUCAAAUCAUAUAUGAUAACCUCAUUGAGAAAAAGUUGAAUGCACUUUUACAGAAUAGGAGUCUGUAAGGUUUUACUAGAUUUUACUUUUAGGAAAAUAACAAAGAAAUAGAUGUAAUAUCCCAGCAAAACCCAUGUUUUCUACCAAAUGCAUGUAGGUAAUGAACGCAGUGCUUAAAAAGUUGAUACUGAUUAAUUUUCUGAUGUCAAUCAUGUAAAAAGAAUAAUAGAAAAUACUGUCACUGACACAAAAAUAAUAUUCCUUUUCAAGAAAUAAAGAUUAAUAUCAUAAGUACUACAUAUAAAAGAAGACUGAUAAAAUACUACUACAUUAGAAAUAAUUAAGAAAAUUACAAGAAAAAUCUCUGAAUAAUAAAUAAAUGAAGCAGUUCUGAAUUGCAGUGUUUGGUGUGCUACCCGGUAGAUACCAUUUCAUAAAUGAGUCACUCCUGUCCUUAAAAUGGCAUGCCAAGGCCCCUUAGUGAAUCAUUAUUCAGUACGUAGUAAUUUGCGAAAUAACUUUUUUGUGUAAAAUAUAUAAAUCUAUGUAAUGAAUAAAUCAAUAAUUGCCCUUCAAAAC